AUGGUUCUGAUUGACGACACGGAGAUGCAGAGAACCAAACCGGAAGCAGCUGUUCUGUAUUCCGAUGAUGGCAAAACCGUUGCCGACACUCCCACUUUUAUCGACGGAUCCCCUCUAGUCGUUCGGACAGGCACCGGAGUUCGAAUCUUAGCUCAAUUUGACGAGCAAAGGAUUAUCGCCUCAAAUGGAUCUAAAUUGGAUCCUUCCGAUUCUCCACCGGUGACUACUACUCUUGAGGUAACUGGUGAUGAAUCUGUUACUGUAGAAUCUGAUGGGCUUAGAGAGGAUAAAGUAGAGAUCUUUGUGAAGGAGGAACCUGAUUUACACGUUGAGAAUGGAGUUUCUGAUCAGGGAGAAGAAAUGAUUGUUGAUUCUAUAGAAAAGUCUGUGGUUGAAAUUGCUUCAAGCGCUUCAGGUUAUGAUUGUGAUGUGAAGAUAGUAAAGGUGGAGGAACCUGAUUUGCAUAUUGAGAAUCCGGUGAGUGCCCAAGACGAAGAAGAAGGAAUGAUCUUUGAUUCGAUUGCAAAAUCUGUGGUCGAAACCGUUUCAAGAUGUUCUGAGUACGAGUGUGUUAAUGUUAAGGUCAAGGAAGAGCCUGAUACAGAGGAGAAAGACGUCUCUGCUUUUUCGAAUGUGCUCGAGAAGAAAGAUGAGCUGGUCAGAGUCCAGGAAGGCCAGGGAAGUGAGAUUCAAGGAUCUUCGCAAGAGAUUGGUCUCUUUUUGUCGGGAAAUUCAGCUAAAAGAAGGAAACUGGAGACAGAACAAUCCAUACCAACUGGUGUCAUCAUAGCGGCGAAGCCACUUCGAGUUAUCAAAGCGGAAACAGAGGAUUUGGAUACCCCUGAAGUGAUUGACGUGGAAUCAGAUUCUCCGGUGAAACAAGAGAAGAGUGGUGAUACUUAUGUGAAGAUGGAACCUGUUGAGGUGAUAAAGGUGGAUGCUUUGAGUGUGAGCUCGCAACAGAGACCUGUGUAUGUGAAGAAGGAACCUGUUGAAGCAAGGAAGGCGAAAGUUGAAGACGGAGACUUUCCGGUGGAGAAAGAUUGGUUCUUGGUUGGGAGGUCGCUUGUCACGGCCACUUCCACUAGUAAAGGAAGGAAAUUGGAAGAUAACGAGGUUGUGGAUUUCACAUUUUCCAAUGCAGUCAAUUGGAAAGUCCCCAACAUUGUUCGCUUCUCUACUAAAAGAUGCGGAGAGAUUGGGAGGCUUCCGAUGGAUUGGUCAAAUUGGGCAGUGUUUCUUUUGAAAACUGGUAAGGUCAAAAUGCUAGGCAGAUGUGUUGCGGCGCCAACAUUUCUUCAUAUGAUGCAAGAUAUUAUGCUUUACGUCAGUUUUUACAUUCACAGCUCAAUAUUCACUGAAGUUAGCAAAUCCACUUGGCGUAUUGGUUCUUCUCCAAACAUCAAUUCCACUCUUCAUCCUCUUCUCCAGCUUUUCAAGCACUUGACGAUCAAGCCUUAUCAAAAGGCGGAGUUCACUCCUCAAGAACUCGACUCUCGCAAACGUUCUCUGAAUUUGGAGGAUGACACAGAUGAAAGAGCAGCAAUGUUGGCCGUAGCGAAAAGAAGAAAAGGCAGUGAGCAUUACGUAGAGCAGAGCAAAGAGGAAGAAGAUGCUCCUGAGUCAUAUAUGAACCGUGUUGUUGGCGCUGCUGAUUCAUACAACCUCGAGGAAAUGGAAGCUCCGAGUACACUCACAUGUAACCUUAGACCAUACCAGAAACAAGCUCUCUACUGGAUGUCAGAAUCUGAAAAAGGAAUCGAUGUGGACAAGGCAGCUGAAACUUUACAUCCUUGCUGGGAGGCUUACCGAAUCUGUGACGAGAGGGCACCUUCAAUCUAUAUAAACAUCUUCAGCGGUGAAGCAACAAUCCAAUUUCCAACAGCAACACAGAUGGCAAGAGGAGGAAUAUUGGCAGAUGCAAUGGGACUUGGAAAAACUGUGAUGACAAUUGCAUUAAUACUUGCAAGGCCAGGCCGAGGUAACCCGGAAAUCGAAGAUGACAUUGGGCCGGCGGGAGAUGUUACUGCGGAUAAACCUAAGAGGAAGGAGAAUCAUCACAGAGCACUAACGAUUGUGAAGGCAAAAGGAGGGACACUUAUUGUUUGUCCCAUGGCAUUGUUAAGCCAAUGGAAGGACGAGCUUGAGACUCAUUCCAAGCCUGAGACAGUUUCUGUGUUAGUUUACUAUGGAGGGGACAGAACACAUGACGCAAAGGCAAUAGCGAGUCAUGAUGUUGUCUUGACAACUUAUGGUGUCUUAACCUCUGCUUACAAGCAGGAUAUGGGGAAUAGUAUUUUCCACAGGAUUGAUUGGUAUAGGAUUGUUCUUGAUGAAGCUCACACGAUCAAAUCUUGGAAAACUCAAGGUGCUAAAGCUACGUUUGAGCUGUCUUCACACUGCAGAUGGUGUUUGACAGGGACUCCAUUACAAAACAAGCUUGAAGAUCUUUACAGUCUUCUAUGCUUCCUUCAUGUGGAACCAUGGUGCAAUUGGGCAUGGUGGAGUAAGUUGAUUCAGAAGCCUUAUGAAAAUGGGGAUCCAAGAGGACUGAAACUGAUCAAGGCGAUCUUGAGGCCAUUGAUGCUGAGAAGAACAAAGGAAACAAGGGACAAAGAAGGAAGUCUAAUUCUUGAACUUCCUCCAACGGAUGUCCAAGUCAUUGAAUGUGAACAGUCUGAGGCAGAGCGUGACUUCUACACCGCUCUUUACAAAAGAUCCAAAGUCCAAUUUGACCAGUUUGUGGCACAAGGAAGAGUUCUUCACAACUAUGCAAACAUCCUUGAGCUCCUUCUCCGUCUACGUCAGUGUUGCAACCACCCUUUUCUAGUUAUGAGCCGGGCAGAUUCACAGCAAUACGCUGACUUAGACAGCCUCGCAAGGAGGUUUCUUGAUAACAACGCUGACUCAGUUUCCCAAAACGCUCCUUCUCGUGCAUACAUCGAAGAAGUUAUCCAAGACUUACGCGACGGCAACAACCAAGAGUGUCCAAUAUGUCUCGAGUCUGCAGAUGAUCCAGUUCUCACGCCCUGUGCUCACAGAAUGUGCAGAGAGUGUCUCUUUGCUAGCUGGCGCUCUACGUCUUGCGGUACGUGCCCGAUCUGCAGGACGAUCCUGAAGAAAACCGAGCUUAUCUCAUGCCCGACGGAUAGUAUCUUCCGCAUUGAUGUUGUCAAGAACUGGAAGGAGUCUUCCAAAGUUUCAGAGCUGCUCAAAUGCUUAGAGAAGAUCAAGAUGGCCGGUAAUGGAGAGAAGAGCAUUGUCUUUAGCCAGUGGACUUCGUUUUUGGAUCUUCUUGAGAUUCCGUUGCGGAGAAGAGGAAUCGAGUUUCUUAGAUUCGAUGGGAAGCUAGCUCAGAAAGGGAGAGAAAAGGUCUUGAAAGAGUUCAAUGAGACCAAACAGAAAACAGUUCUGCUUAUGUCUCUGAAAGCUGGAGGAGUUGGUCUGAAUCUAACAGCAGCAUCAAACGUCUUCUUAAUGGAUCCAUGGUGGAAUCCGGCGGUGGAAGAGCAAGCGAUCAUGAGAAUUCAUCGAAUCGGGCAGAAAAGAACGGUAUGCGUUAGAAGAUUCAUUGUCAAGGGUACAGUCGAGGAACGGAUGCAGCAAGUUCAGGCGAGGAAGCAGAGGAUGAUUGCCGGAGCUUUGACCGAUGAAGAGGUCCGGUCGGCGAGACUUGAGGAGCUCAAAAUGUUGUUCCGAUAA